GUAAAAUAAAUUCUAUAAUAUAAAAAUCUCAUAAGAUAUCUCACCAACAGAGUAUAAUUGCCUAAGUCAGCACAUCUGAGUAAAAAGAUUCAUCAUUUAAACAAAUAAGCAAUGUGUAAAAAGCACAAUGGAUCGGAAAUGAGAAAAACAGGAAAGUAGAAAAGAAAGAAAGGAAGAGGAAAGGAAGGAAGGAAGAAAGAAAGAGAAGAGUUCUAUUUCAUAUCUCCUGAAAAAUUCAUUAUUUAAACAAAAUAAUGUGUAAAAAGUUCUACGCAUAAUGGAUAGGAAAUGAGAAAAAGGAAGAAGAAAAGAAGAAAGAGAAUUCUACUUCAUCUCCCGAAAAAUGUCCGAAUAGAAGAAGAUAAACACCGACAUAAAGGCGUAGAAAGUGUUGCAUUGUACGACUUGAAAAUCGCGGGUGACCUGCGCGCUGUUAAAAUCAAUCAAUGAACGUCGACAGCGCGACUACGUCGUGCAGAGAUCGCGUUGUCGUCGUCGGUAUCGCCGUGUCCGCAUUCGGUCCGGUUUACUUUGUAGGGUAGAAUUUUAGAUACGAUUUUCCGUGGCGCCGAGCCGCUUACAUUGUUGCGAACUGAGUCAUGUAAUUGUGCGUGGUGACAAAAUGCCGCCAGGUCGCGAGGAUAUGGAACUCUGUACCGACAAGGUCCUCUCCAAGGGUAGAAUCUUACAGGAGCUCACAAAAGCUGUCAAAUUGGUCUACGCCCAAAGUCUUUAUGGUACUGUGGUCUUGGAUGGUGAUUCCUGGUUGGUUUAUUGGUUGGACCGGGCAUUACGUCAUGGACUGCGUGUAGAGAGACAUGGAUAUUGGGGUACUGCUAGAGAACUUAGUCAUCAGGACACUGUUGUAGUCAUUCACGCAUUACAGAGUGUAUUAACUUCUAUUGGAAAAGGUCGAGCAUGGCUUUAUCACACUCUGAGUGAGGGCAGUUUUGAGAGCUAUCUGGCCUGUUUACUGCGAGACACCAAGACGUUAAAAAAGCAGUAUUUUUCACACGCACUUGUAAGAGAUGCUGAUAAAACCAAUCAAUUGGUAAAUCUUCUCGCCGGUUUGGAAAAUGUAUCCUUCACGUUGCAAUUGGAUGUGACGUAUUUAGACACAUGCAACUAUAUGCCACAGAGGCCUAUGAGCAUAAAUCCAUCAGGAACGGUCUUAUCGUUGCAUCUUAGGUCUUCUAGUGUUUCAUCGAGCCUAGCUUCUCCAGGUGAUAGUGGUGUUGCAUUUGACAGUGAUAUGGAUCUUGCAAACGAAACUGAUGGCAGCAGUUAUAAAGAGGAGGAUUUUUCGAUGGAUGAUAUUCUUAAAUGUCGAAAUAAUAGGUAUAAGACAAUUAUUAACAAUCGCAUGGAAGACAAUAAGAAUUUUGGAUCUAGCGAUUCCAGCGAAGAUGGUAAAACGCCAAUGCAAUCACCGGCAAUUACUAAAUUUCAAACUGUCAUGAUGACAAAAAAUGAUAUAGUUAACCAGAAUAUAACGCGAAAACUGGACGACAAUGAAAUGGAUUGCUCUAGUUUGGAAACUCUCAAAGAUUAUGAUUUUUAUAGUAGGAGUCUUGACGAUGCAAAAUUGGAGAAAACGAACAAAAUCGAUAAUGGUAUAAAGGACUUUGGCAAGAGGAGCACUUAUUACAGCGAUACUCCUGCUUACAGUUUUAAGAAGAAUAUAGAUCCUCGUAAUUCCUAUCUAAUCAACAAUGAUACAAAUCUGUUGGAGUUAAGCAUGACAAUCUCCGACUGUGAUAACAUGGAUGCUCCUUACAGUAUUCUGAACACAAUCAAUAUGACGGACACUAGCAUUCUAUCUUCCUCCAGUUCAGAGGCUAUAGUACAACGUAGGCAACGUAAAAAAAAGCGUGGUGAAAGUAAGAAGCGAGUCAGCUUUCAUGAAGACAUACUGAAAACGAUGAAGCUGGAGGACGACGAAAACUAUGCUGAUUUCUCCAUGAGUUUUUUGUUGCCCAGUUCCGUUCUAAAAAGAGACGCUCAGAAAGGUAGAUACAGUUGGUGCGCGCACGGAGAUUCGCCGUACGUGCAGAAGAAUACCAAUGACGGUAGGAACGUGUACUCGGAUUGUUAUUCAUUUUCGUCAUCCUCGUCGAGUGUAUUUGACAGCGAUGGAGACAAACAGACAUCAUCGAAGAUGUGUAUUGACAUGCCGUGUCAGCGUAAUUGCAGGUGUAAUUGCGGCUUAUCCUUGUUGGAACGUGGAGCACCAGAAGGUCAGGAAGACCCGGCUAAAAGCCUAAGGCCUAAAAUGGAAAUAGAAUUGGAGGAGAACGAGGCUCAGGAAGCCUAUAUCGUCGAAAAAGCCUGUGGUAAUAUUGUCGAGGAUCCACCAUCCAAAGUAGAGAUGCCACAGAUGGUAAAUCCGAAGAAAUGCGCCAAUUUGAAUGAUUGGUCGGACGUGGAAAGUGUGACAUCUGAGUUAGAAGAUCGUAAAAGUAGCAGACACUUAGCUUCACCGUCGAAGAAGCGCAAUAUGACGGCGAUAUUAACGGGCGAGAGCAGCAGCAAGCUCUUGACACCACCUCUGCGUCAGGCUCCAUCGAAAACAUCAUUGUUGAGUAGAUUUUUAAAAUCUAUCACUGAGAGGAAGUUUGAGAUUAAGAAGAACAAGAAACCGCCGAAGGUAAAUACCUUAUACAUCAAAGGAAUUAAGACCAACUACGAUUCUUUCAAAGAUUUUAAUGACAAUCUUGACAAAGAGAUUCAAGAGAACGUGGCCGCUGAAAAACAGGAAUUUAGCGGCGAAAAAGUAAGCCUAAAACUACGUGAACUUUUCAAGAGACAUAUCUAUCGCGACAAAACGGAAGAAUUAUAUAAAGUCUACAAAGUGCAAAGUUCGUACAUGACGAACGGCGAAAGUAAGCCAAUGAUCGCGUUAUUGACGGACAAAACAUUAUAUUUAACUGGUUCAAAACUGGAUCACUCUUAUAGCAAUCAGUUCGUUAUUCCUUAUAAUGAAUUGGAUGUUAUUAUGAUUGGACCGAACGCACAAAGUAUUUUGAUUUCAAACGCCGAUUGUGAAAUGCAGUAUCUAUUCUCCACUGGCAGCUCGCAAACUACCUCAGAAUUAAUCGGUCAUUUAGAGAUGGCUAUGAGACGAUCACCAUCAAAACCGAGACUUCCUGCUGUCAAAGAAUUGAAUUAUGAAGAUAUGCACAUUUUGAGAAAUUCAAUUCUUAAUGACACAGCUGUACAUCCUGAUGAGAAAAUCGAACAUUAUAGCCUUAUUUAUAUGGAAGAUGAACACAUGUCGCCGCCUAGUACACCGUGUGGACCAACAAAAGAAGGCGAUUUGAUGUUUCGUCCACAUACCUAUCAACACUUGCAUCCGAACGCUCCUACGAAUCCCUGGGAGGCCGGUUAUUUCGUAUUAAAAGGCGGCGUCGUUUACAUGUUCACGGAUUCGAAUCAGCGACUUCCCAAGCGUGCUAUACCUUUAAAAGGAGGCUUAUGCCAAGGAUGUCGAAGGAUUCCCAAUUCUCACCGACCUCAUACUUUCGAAAUAUUAUUAAAACCCAACAAAUCAUAUCAAUUCGCCGCUCCGGAUGAAUAUGUAGCUUCCGAAUGGCUACAGAGUUUUGUUCAAAGCGCAUCGGGUCUAUUUGAUUGUACAGAAAACAAAGAGCCAAAACCUUGCAGCCUCAUCACGACUACGAAACAUCUAGUGGCAAUGAAGGAAAUCCAUCCUGGCACACAAAGAGGCCAAACGCUCUCGUGUGCUUCUAUUAAGGAUUUAGCAGCAUUUAGAGUGCCAUUAGUACAACAAUCAUGGUGCAUAUUGGAAUUCGCAUGUCGAGAAGUACACGAAAGCAGUGGUGAUUGGAUCAUAUAUUUCACGAAUCACACCGAGCUCUGUGCGUUUAAAGAGAUUUUGGAAAUAUUAUGGGCUAAUGCAAACUUGGGUGAAUUUCCUAUGGCAACACUUCCACCAGAGGAUAAAUUACAGCGACGUUGUUCGGAUGCUAGCAGAGAUUUGGAACAUGCGUGGCGAUAUCUGUUACCACCAGCUUUAGAAUGAAUGAAAAAUAUACCGACAAUAUACACCAUCAUUUAAAAAAUUAUUUUAUCAUAUCGCUAUAAAAGAAAGAUGGAACUCUCGUGAUAAUGCACGUGAAUAUUCAGGUAAUUACGUAUAUUUGAAAAUUGAAAUACUAAUAUGUCGUAUAUGGAAGAUAUAUCGCUUGUGCAAUAUAAUCCAAAUUCCUUUUGUUGCAAAUUAAAUGCCAUGUAUCUGUCACGUCAAACUAGUUGAUGUUAUUUUAUGGCUUAUAGAUAAAAAAAAAACAGAUGUCCUUAUUCGGACAUGUGACACCUGAUUAGUGGCAUAAUUUAUGGUAAUUUUUUAAUUUUAAGAUCAAUAUAUUCUCACAAUAUUCCUAUAUUGAGAAAGAUUGAUCAUUAGAGAAAAAUCUUACAUAUAAGAUAUAUAAGUCACCUCGAAUAUAUAGACUAUUUAGGGUAGAUGCAAAACAGUGCAUUAUCUUUCUCCUGUAGCAUAAGUCACCACAUAAUAAGCUAUUAUUAAUUUAUAAUAAUGCAGAGAAUGUAAUAUAAUAACUGUGAGACAACACUAUUGGUUACUAUAAAUGUCUAUAUAUUCACAUAUACUGAGAAGACAAAAUCAUAUGCAUUUGAAUACGCACUAUUGAUAUUAAAAUAGUUAUCUAUUAUCGAAGAUAAUACUAUAAAAUUCGAAAACACUUAAAAAGCAGCUUUGACAAAGAAUAAUACUUCAGAAAUUGCUUCUGAAAUUAAUAAA